GUAGAGUUCGUUUUAGUCAUUCGUCAUUGCAUUAAAAAAGACCGAUUCAUGUUCAACGAACUCCCUUUCCACGACGGCAGUGGCGGGGCGUUGAAGUAGAGGGCGGGGCUGGCUGUCGGGACCAUGGGUAAGCAGGAGCACCAGUUGCCUUGGCAGCAGUUGAUUGUUGAAUGUGUUUAGAGCGGCAGGUGGCAGCGCGCGCCUGGGAGCAGAUAGUGGGUCUCCUGAUUCAGAGACUCACCUUGAACACCUUUUACCUCCGAUAGUUUGAAAUGGAACGCCUGGUAGAAGAAUAACCACCUCCACACGUUUUAGUUCUCAUUGUAACUUUUCCUCUCAAGACGUGGAAUAAUUGAAGCGUGCAUUCGGUAUUUAAGGAUCUUCACCGCGGCUGCGCGUCGGCGCGCGGGUUCGUUCGUUUGCGAACUUCUAGGUUUUAGUUCUUUAUCCGCGUUCCUGCGACACCAUGGCGUUCGCCAGGUUCAGUAAGAUCUUACGGCUGCCAACCAUUGAUAUUAAAAAACGGGUUAAACAGUACGAACAUGUUCACCGGGACAUCAACCCCAACGACCUGUGGGAGAUCAUCGGCGAGCUGGGGGACGGAGCCUUCGGGAAGGUGUACAAGGCCAGGAACAAGGAGACACAGGUUCUGGCUGCAGCCAAAGUCAUUGACACCAAAUCGGAGGAAGAGCUGGAGGACUACAUGGUGGAGAUUGACAUCCUGGCUAAAUGUGACCACCACUACAUCGUAAAGCUACUCGAUGCUUUCUACCAUGAAAACAAACUCUGGAUCAUGAUCGAGUUCUGCGCUGGGGGGGCUGUAGACGCCACCAUGCUUGAGCUGGACCGGGGCCUGAUCGAGUCCCAGAUCAAGGUGGUGUGUCGGCAGAUGCUGGAAGCCCUGGUCUAUCUCCACCAGAUCAAGAUCAUCCAUCGGGACCUCAAGGCGGGCAACAUCCUACUGACGCUAGACGGUGACAUCAAGCUAGCUGACUUUGGUGUGUCUGCAAAGAACACCAAAACCUUACAAAGGAGGGAUUCCUUCAUUGGCACACCGUACUGGAUGGCGCCGGAGGUGGUGAUGUGCGAGACGAUGAAGGACGCGCCAUACGACUACAAGGCGGACAUCUGGUCCCUGGGCAUCACCCUGAUCGAGCUGGCCCAGAUCGAGCCCCCGCACCACGAGCUCAACCCAAUGAGGGUCCUGCUGAAGAUAGCCAAGGCCGAGCCCCCCAGCCUGUCCCAUCCGCACAGAUGGUCACCUGAGUUUAGAGACUUUGUGAAGGUCUCCCUGGAUAAGAACCCGGAGAGCAGGCCCACGGCCACGCAGCUGCUAGAGCACCCGUUUGUGCGCUCGGUGGUGUCCAACCGGCCUCUGCGGGAUCUUGUGGCGGAGGCAAAGGCGGAGGUCAUGGAGGAAAUCGAGGACAAUAGAGAGGAAGGAGAGGACGAGGAGUCCUCUGAGCUGCCCCUGGCCGGCGGAAAGGAGCUCUGCCAGACCAGUCAGAUCAGCUCGGACGGGGACCAGUCUCCCACCAGCACCGGGCCAGCCACGCCCAGCACCACCACGCCCAUCCCCUCCCCCAGGAAGGACUACAAGGUGCCGGCCGAGGCCGAGGCGGUGGGUCCUGCGGCCCCCGUGGCCCUCCCACGCCAGACCCUCCUGCGGGACGACCAGGGGGAGCUGGCCGACAAGCUGCCCGACGAGGUGCGCUCGGAGUCGGGCAAGUCGGAGAGCAACGUCUCCACCAAGACGUCCAGCUCCGACUCCGGCAUCGAGGACGGCAAGUGCACGCCCACGUCGGACGAAGAGAAGGUUGCCGUGGAAACCCCGGAGACGGAGCAACCGCCCCCGCUGGCCCUGCCCAGGUCGAUCGCCGUGGACGUACAAGCCCCCGAGUCACGGGUGGCGAGCGAGGAGGAGGAGCAGAAGAGCGGCAUUCUGGGUAACGGAGUCUCGGGGACAACGGCCGUCAUCGCCGUUGUCGUUGCCCCGGCGACGCCCACCCCGGCGACGCCCACCCCGGCGACGCCCACCCCGGCAACGCCCACCCCGGCGACGGCCACCCCUGCGACGCCCACCCCGGCGACGCCCACCCCGGCGACGCCCACUCCGGCAACGCCCACCCCGGCGGCGCCCACCCCGGGCCCCCUGGUACCCCGGGAGACGGCCUCUCCGGGCCCGGCCGCCCUGCCCCACGCGGCGCCCGGCAACAGCAAACGGGGGUCGGUGGAGGAGGGCUCGUCCCACCCCAACGGCCGCACCAGCAAGCGCUACUCCGACACCAGCAGCAUGGCCUCGGACAGCAUGGGCCCGGGCAAGGACACCAUCUCGCUGCACCCGUCCGUCGACAAGGAAUCCCGUUUCUCCAGUAAGACGCUGAAGCGCACUCGCAAGUUCAUGGUGGACGGCGUGGAGGUGAGCGUCACCACCUCCAAGGUGAUCCGAGACGACGAGAAGAAGGACGAGGAGAGCCGCUACUUCAGGCGCCAGGAGCUGCGGGAGCUGCGCCUCCUGCAGAAGGAGGAGCACCGGGCCCAGGCCGUGCUCAACACCAAGCUGGAGCUGCAGACUGAUACGAUGACGCGGCGCUUCGACCAGGAGAUGAACGCCAAGAAGAAGCACUAUGACGCGGAGCUGGAGAGCCUGGAGAAGCACCAGAAGCAGACCAUCGAGAAGAUGGAGGCGGACCACGCCUACAAGCUGCGUGAGGAGAGCAAGCGCAUCCGCAACGAGCAGGACCGCGAGCACAGCCGCUUCCAGGAGACUAUCAAGCAUAGGAAGAAAGAGAUCAAACAAUCCGUAGACAAGCUUCCCAGGAACCAGCGGAAAGAGUCCCUGAAGCAGUCGAUGAUUGACUUCCAGCAGAAGAAAAUUACAGAGGAGCAGACCUUCCUGGCCUCUCAGAAGAACCAACUGGACACCACUAUGCAGAAAAUCAUCCACCGCAACCGCCUUGAGAUCGCAGACACGGAGCGCGAGUGCCUGGACAAGAAGCAGCGUCUCAUCAGGGACCGCGAGGCGGCCAUCUGGGACCUGUCUGAGAAGAGCCUCCAUGAGAGACACCAGCUGAUGAAGCAGCAGCUCAAAGACCAGUACUUCCUCCAGAGACACCAGCUGCUCAAGAAGCACGAGAAGGAGCAAGAGCAGAUGCAGUGCUACAACCAGCGCAUCACGGAGCUGCUGAAGUACCGGCAGCAGCAGGAGAAGAACCGGCUGCCCAAGAUCCAGCGGCGCGAGGCCAAGACGCGCAUGACCCUGUUCAAGGGAAGCCUCCGCAUCAACAACACGGGCAGCCAGGCGGAGAACCGGGACAAGGUCAAGCAGUUUGGCGUGCAGGAGGAGAAGCGUCAGAAGGCGGAGCGUCUGCACCAGCAGCAGAAGCACGAGAACCAGAUGAGGGAGAUGAUUGGUCAGUGUGAGGCUAACAUCAGAGAGCUGCAGCAGCUGCAGAACGAGAAGUGCCACCUGCUGAUUGAGAACGAGACCCAGCGGCUGAAGUCUCUGGACGAGCAGCACGGGCAGCAGCUGAGGGACUGGAAGGACCAACUGAAGCCCCGCAAGAAGCUCCUAGAGGAUGAGCUGGAGCAGAGGAAGAGGGAGCAGGAGCAGUUCUUCAAGAUGGCCGGGGACCCUCCCAACCCUGGCUCCCCCAACAAGCUGUCCAAGUUCCUGCCCUACACGGACUCCUCCACCAUGUGAUCCCACCCCUGCGGGGCCAGAUAGAUAAAUACAUGGAUACAUAGAUAACCACACACAUAGAUACAUGCAUAAACACACACACAUCGAUACAUGCUGUCACACCCAUAUUCCCACACACACAAAUGCACACUCGCGUGUGAUAGCCCGCUGCUUCCAGCUGCCUUAUCCCCCAUUCAUUUGAAUUAAGAGGGAUUUUUGUUUUGUUGUAGGAGAUAUUUAUGUUUUAAAAUGUUUUCUUCUCUUUUUUGAGCUCUCACUCCCCAGAUGAUUAUGGAGGGGAUACCAUGUGGUCUCAGUGUUUAGACCGCCUACUCUGUCUGCUAUUGCUUUGAUUAACACAAGGCCUACACUUGGUACGCUGGCCGUGUAUUGUCCAUCCCCCACAGGGCAACAUGUUGGGACACUUGUUGGUCAGAAGUUGAUAUAUCUUUUAUUUUUUUUGUCCAUCAACACCCUGGAAGAGACGUCCCCCUGAAUGAAUUUCUGUUCGGCGUUGUAUUGGAGCAUGAAGCUAAGCAAUCAAUAUAGGUUAUAUUUUUAUAUUCAUACACGCAGUCUCGAAGCUUUCUCCAAUCUGAAUUUGUUCAGAAUACAAAGCCCCCCCUCCAAAGAAAAGAAAGAUCUCCAAAAGGACAUGGCUGCCGUUUUAUUUCUAUAUUUAUUACUACUGGACAUCCUAUCUAAGGAGCAAUUAAAUGUACUUUGUAUUUCUAAUCAACAUGCAGGGUUUGAAGGAUAUCCAUGUUCACUUUUAUCUUUCUUUCGAUUUUUUAUUUAAGAGGACUAUAUAUGCACAAAGUAAAUAUUGCCUGCCGUAAAUCGAGGUAUACUUUAAUAUAUCUUAAACAAUUUUAUUUUUAACAGAUUUAUGAUAUAGGGUGGUAUUUUUUACAAACUAGAGACAGCUAGUAAUAUUUUCUUUCUGUCAUGAGGACUUUCUUUGUAUUUUUACUGUAACAGAAAUGACCCCACACUGGAGAGGAUCUUACCAAAGCCAAGGCAAUGUACUGUUUUCUUUGAAGGACAUAAACAAUGUGAUAUAUUAAAAGUUAAGUUCUAUUGUUUUACCGUUUAUGCCUUUACUAAAUGUGCUGUCCCCUAACCUAAAGUGCAAUAUUUAUAUAUUAUAUUUGCAGCGAUGUCUAUAUUUGGGGACCAGGGUUCCAAUUUCCUUCUUUUUUUAUCGGGGUAUUACAUACGAAAUGCAAUCGAAAGUGUAUGAAAGUGUUUUGCUCUUUUCUGAAUUAACCAGAACUUAAAACAAAUAAAGUUGAAGAUCUUGCUGCUUUUGAAGGAGGACGCUGGGGUCUUUAGAGCACCUGGGCUCGCAGAUUUAAACUUCUUUAAAUCAGGUACAUAUUGAGGUGUCGCCUCUUUUUGCUCCAAAAAUGCGUCAAUUGUAAAUAAAUAAUUUGUCAUGCGUUAACAGCCUAA